GUCACAAUUUAGCGUUUGUACAUUCUCUCGUCAUCAUUAAACUUCGCAGCUCCAACCCUACAUCUUAUCCUCCAAGCCUCUUUCCGUACAUCGUUUAAUCCUUAUCCGAGCGUAUUUCUAUGCGUAUUUCUAUUUAAGGCACCGCGCCUUCAAUCUUAUUCUCCGAAAUUCCGCACUCUUAAUCAAUUUCGCUACUCAUCAACUCAUCAUGGAGGAGGAAUCUGAUAUUGAGGAUCGCGUCGCGUUUGAGCACGAUGAGGAUCUUGAUGAAUAUGACUCCGAAGAGUCUGGCUUAGAUGAUGCCAACGGUUUUCUAGAUAUGGAAGCUGCUGAAUCCGAUGGUGAAUCAGAGUAUUCGGAUGAUACAUCCUCAACCAAGGAACAGUUCUUUUUUCCCCAGUUCAAAUCACUACCCCCCGAACUUCGCGCGCGCAUCUGGGAGUUCUUCGACCCGGAUCUUAGAACAAAGGCGCGAGUGUUUCACAUGAUUAUCAGGAUGAACCCAAUCGAGUUCUGGAGAAGCGCAACUCUAAUAGAACAGACUGCGCCGGCGAGAGCAAUGUUGGCUACACAUCACGAGAGUCGUGCGCUAGCAUUAAAAUCAUAUCCUGACACCCUUGAUCUGCAUCGAGGAAGCGGUGUUAUUCGUUACAACAGUGAGAGAGAUGUCAUACUCCUCUCUAUUAGCUCUAUCCUCGGCCCCAAUGACAUAGAAGAGUUCUUUUCAUCUCUCGGGAAUAUCAAAUACCUUGCCUUUAACUACCUUCGCGCAGCUAAUGAGGAGAUUCUCUAUUCGAGGCUGGCGACUCAUCCGACGCUGAAAGAAAUAUUCUACUGCUAUGAUUGUUACGAGUAUUCUUCUCGCGAUUUAAUGUGGUGUAUAUCCGAUUCAGUUCAGCGCUUCUACACCCAGCAGACAGAAUAUGACGCAGUGUUAGGCCCACAACCUUUGAGAUCUAUGUUUUGCUGGCCGGAUCUUGAGAACCAUCGAGAGUUCGCUGAAGAGCAUGCCCAAACUACCGCUGGACAUUCCAAACCCUUGAAAAUUUGGAGCAUGAUCGAAUUCGGAUAUGACGAGGGGGUCCUCCGCUACGAAAGACUCGAAGCGUCGGGCGAGCGGCCCGAAGGAUGGUCCUCCGAUAUGGAGAGCGAGCAUGACUCUGAUCUUGCAAGUGAGGAUGAGUACGAAAGUGAGGGAAUAGAUGAUGCAACAAUCGACAGCGAUGGCGGCUCAAAUGAGGAUGACGACGAUUUGGUCGUGCAAUCUGGCUCUGACGAAGAUAAUUUGUCUACCUUUAACGGAUUUUCCCCUAUUCGGGACGAGAACUCCGAUCUUCAUUUGGACGGCGAAAUAGAAGUUGGCAAUUUCUCUAGCAUUGAGCCCGAGUCUCCCAAUCAUUAUGAUAAUGCUUCGGAGCAGGAUGGUUCUGAUGAGGAGCCCGUUCAGAAGACCGCCCGACGCAAACGUCGUAUUGUGUCUUCGGACGAUGAAGAUGAUCCUAAUGAUGAGUGCGACGAAGAAGUUAAAAUGCCGUCGCGACCUGCUAAGCGAAGCCGCGUCGUCCUUUCCGAUACCGAAGACGAGGACGAUGAGGAUGGAGACGAAGAUACUAAGCAAGGCCGCGAUAUUGCAUACGAAUCGGAGGAAUCUGACGAGCCUGAGGAUGAGGAACCUGUGAAGACAAAGUCGAUGUCUCUAUUUGAGAAGUUGAAGCAGUAUCGCCAGGAAAACCCUGUCCCUCCGGACUCAGAUGCUAGCUCGGAUAUUGAAGCAUCGAUAGGCAGUGAAGAUUUGGAUGCAGGCAACAACAUCAACUUCCCGGACGAUGAAAUCGAAGAUGAGGAUGAGUUAUUGGGGAACGGUGGAAUAGCGGCGGAUAUGUCUGAAGAGCACUCCGAGGGCGAUGAAGAUGAUGAAGACGGAUGGUGAUGGGUUGACUAUGUGCCAUAGCUUGGUACGGAGUAUGAAGAUGCCGGUUGCCAUUCUAGCAUACGACUGCGAUGGGCUUUAGAGCGGCGUUAAUUCUACUUGACUAUAAUUCGGAUUUAUCUAGGCGCUCAUUAGCGGGCCUCUUGCAUUUGUAAGAAUAGCAUGUGCGUUGUAUGGAGUCUUGGAUGGUUUAACAGGUCUGGAGGCAUAAGCGUCCUGGAUUUGGGUUGAAAUCGCUUACCAUUUGGGCACGUCAAGUAGUGGUGCCUGUUAGUUAACGCCGAUGAUUUAAUCUCCAGGCUUGGAGUAUGCGUUGAAUUUAAGAUACAAUAAUGCAAAUUAUCAUGGACGACA